GGGGCUCCUUCUGCCAUGUCCCAAACCAACAGACACAAGAGUAACCAGGAGAAGACGCUUUGGAAGCUCUCGGUUCUCACACUUCACCACGUCGCCCGAGAGAGGGAAUCCAGACCUGCCGCGGAUAUGAUGUCCCAGCAUGCAGCGCUGAGCGGCCUGUUCGGAGACGACCCGUUCUUCAGCCAGGACCGGCUGCUGUGGCCGCUGCGCCACCGGGACCUCUCGUCCCUGCAGCAGGACUUCUUCAACAAGAGAACCAAAGUGGCCGACAGCCUCCUGGGGGGGAUUCCUGAUCUCCUGGGGGGGAUUUCGGAUCACCCCCACAUGCUCAGAUUCGGCCAGUUCCCGCUCAUCUCCUCCAGUCUGAUGAGGGCGAGCGACGCCGAGGAGAGGGAGCCUCCCAGCACGGAGCUGCACCAGGAGGCCCAGCUGGCCACGGUGAACAACAGCGACCUCCUGGUGACCCUGGACGCUCGCGGUUACGCCCCCAACGACAUCACCGUCAAACUGGAGGGGCGGAGCCUGGCCGUGGUGGCCAUGAAGCAGGCGGGAGCAGAAGAGAGUCAGUCCUGCGCCUCCUCCUCCUCCAGCGCCUCCUUCUGCUCCUCGGCCUCGUCUCAAAUCGGAUUCGUCCAGAAGAUCGACCUCCCCCCCCACCUGGACCUGACGGGUCUCUCCUGCUCCCUGAUGGACGACGGGCAGCUGCGUAUCCACGCCCCCGUGUCCAAGCGGCCAAUCGGGGAGGAGCAGGAGGUGCCGGUUCGGUUCAGGUCAUCGUUGGAGUUCCCCGUUUCCAAGGAGGAGGAGCAGAGGGACUGAACUCAUCAGUGUUCUGCCCACACACGCACUUCCACUGCGACACUGUCUAUAAUGUGUUGAACGCUUACCUUUACAAAUUGAAGAGGAUAUUUAUUUUAUAAUUAUUUACAAUUUGUUGAACUGUUGAAAGAAAAUAAAGUGUUGAUUUUCAGAAAAAUUAUA